AGCAAAGAAAUUGCCAUGCCAGAAAAUUUACAGAAGAAUUGGCUUCGGGAAUUUUAUCAGGUUGUCCAUGCACACAAACCCCAUUUCAUGGCUUUACACUGUCAAGAAUUCGGAGGGAAAAACUACGAAGCUUCAAUGUCUCACGUGGACAAGUUCGUGAAAGAACUGUUAUCAAGUGAUGCAAUGAAAGACUACAACAGAGCUCGAGUUUACCUGGAUGAGAACUAUAAAUCACAGGAACAUUUCACGGCUCUAGGAAGUUUUUACUUUCUUCAUGAAUCUUUGAAAAACAUCUACCAGUUUGAUUUUAAAGCUAAGAAGUAUAAAAAGGUUACUGGGAAAGAAAUCUACUCUGACACUUUAGAAAGCACACCCAUGCUGGAAAAAGAGAAGUUUCCACAGGAUUAUUUCCCUGAGUGCAAGUGGUCCAGAAAAGGUUUCAUUCGAACAAGGUGGUGUAUUACUGAUUGUGCCUUUGACUUGGUAAACAUUCAUCUUUUCCAUGAUGCUUCCAAUUUAAUUGCUUGGGAAACAAGCCCAUCGGUUUACUCAGGAAUACGGCAUAAGGCUCUUGGCUAUGUACUUGAUAGAAUUAUUGAUCAGCGAUUUGAGAAAGUUUCAUAUUUUGUGUUUGGAGAUUUCAACUUCAGACUGGAUGCCAAAGCAGUAGUAGAGACACUAUGUGCAAAGGCCACAAUGCAGACCAUCCGGGCAGCUGACACAAAUGAAGUAGUCAAGCUAAUAUUUCGUGAAUCUGAUAAUGACCGAAAGGUUAUGCUGCAAUUAGAAAAGAAGCUCUUUGACUAUUUUAAUCAAGAUGUAUUUAGAGACAACAAUGGCACUGCGCUUUUAGAAUUUGACAGAGAGCUGUCAGUCUUUAAAGACAGAUUGUAUGAACUGGACAUCUCAUUUCCUCCCAGUUAUCCCUACAGCGAGGACUCUAGCCAGGGAAGGCAGUACAUGAACACGAGAUGUCCAGCCUGGUGCGACAGAAUCCUGAUGUCCCACUCAGCCAAGGAGCUCAUUCUGAAAUCAGAAAAUGAUGAGAAGAUAGUAAUAUAUGACCACAUUGGGCCAAAUGUCUGCAUGGGGGAUCACAAGCCUGUGUUCCUGUCCUUUCGAAUAGCUGCUGGGGCAGGAAAAAGAUGCCUACGAAGUGAGAAGAUUUUCCGUGAAACCACACUGUAGCCAGGAGGGAAGGCAGCACACUGAAAUCUGUAAUCCUAACAGCUGUAUUGAUAAAUCCAGUCCUGAGUGCCACAUUUUUAGACUGCUGAUCGUACACUAUGCUUCAGCAUCUGGACUCUGUUCGAGAGACGCCUCA